AUGGCGCAGGAUUGUUUCCAGACGGAUCUUGAAUAUCCCCACAUUAAAAAAAAAUCAUCCAUCCAGGGAAUGGUUUCUGCUCUAGAAGUCUUGAAAAUAUUGAGAGAAUGUGCAGAGCUUGAGUCAACAUGGAAAAUAAAUGAAUACGUGGCAGAAAUUCAGGGUAACUUCAAAGUUUUAACAGCUGAGAGAGACAAAAUUCUCAAUCUUUAUAAACAGGCACAGAAGGAGAUAUCCCAGCUUUGUCAGGAAGUUAUUAAAUGCCCCAGGACUCCUAAAAACACUGUGAUAGCUCAAGCUGUAUUAAGACACAUGGAGAUAGAAAGGGAUACAGCACUGUCAGAUUUCCAAAGGAUGCCUACAGAACAUGAUAGCCUCUGGGAGCAGUUACAGAUUUCCCAAGAAGCUAUGUUUAAUGAAAAGGCUCAUUUGGAAAAGAGAAUUGAAGAACUUGAAACUACUAUUCACAAUUUAGAUAAUGAACAGUUAGAACAGAUGUCCAAAGUGGCACUAAUGUAAGACCCCAUUGAUUCUCUGGAAACUGAGAUGAAGAGAUUGACAAGAAAAGAACUGGAUUCUGAAACUGAGCUGAGUUGACAGGAAGGUGAAUAUGCAUCUCUUAGUUUAUUGAAUGAAAAGACAGAACUGAGUCUUUCAGAGAUUCAGUGAAGCCUUGUGCAGAAAAGCUUUAAAUGCAACUUAGCUAAGAGAAAAUUAUAUAAAUUUUCAAGAUAAAGUCUUGUACAACAAGAGGAGAUCUGUACUUUGAAAGAAACAAUUGCACAACCUAAGUCAUCUUUGCAAGACUAUGUGGAAUAAGGAAGAGAGAGGAUUGCUACUUUUCAGGAAAUCCUAGGAAUUAAAAUAUGUUUUAAUAUUCAAAUAGUCACAGAAGACAAGAGAGAGAAAAUUAUUUCAGAUUUCAAGAUCCUGAUUUCAGAGUUGGAGCAUUCCAAAGGACAAGGACAAAAAUCUGCUGAAGUCUCCAUCUGUGAGAAGGGUAUCACCAGUUUGCAUCAACAGUUGCAAGAAACCAACAAAGAACAGAAUAACAAGAAUAGAGCUUCGUUAUCUCAGGAGAACGACAGAUUACAAGAGCAUCUUUCUAAUACUGAGCAAGAAAUUCGGGUACAGUAUAAAAAACUGGUAAAGUACCAAACUGAGCUUGAUGAUAUGAAGUUGAAAGCCCAGGAUUCAAACUGAGAUAUUUUCAGGCUGAAGCAUGUGCUGAAGUCUAAACAAGCUUUAUGUGUUAGGAUAGAGAACUGCAAGCUCUUGGAGAAUUAUCACAAAGCCCGUGAACAAGGAGGAAGUUGGGAAGCAAAAUGCCAUGAAGCAGAAACAGGCUUUUCCUGUUAGACUGGCAGAUUGGUGCAGUCUGACAGCCACAGUUGGAAAGGGAAAAUAGAGUCCCUUGAAACACAGAUGGAGCAACAUUUAACAACAGAAGCAACAUACAAGUCUCCUAUUUCUGCCUUAAGCAACUCUCUUGUGAAAAUGGGCCAAGAACCUCAAAACAUACAUUAGGAGAGAGUCUCUGUACUUGCAAAUGUCACAUCUACACCAGAACUUUGCAUUAAACUGGAUGCAAUCAAAGAAUGAUUAAAUUAACAUUUAAUUUCCACAGCAGAGAAGGUAGAAAGGUCUUUGUUUAUCUGCAGAUCAAGUGUGAGUCAAACCAUUCAGAAACAGCUGCUGAGAAAACAACUGGGAAAUGAAAAAGCAUCUAUGAAAAACCUGGUAUCUUUGCUUGUGUCCAGUUGUGACAAUGAAUUUCGGUCACAGAAAGCAAAGCAAGAGAAAGAGUCUGAAAUUCAGUUUCUCAAGGAACAGCUUGCUUUAGUAGAAAAUAGGCUUGCUGUGCAGAAUCAAGAUUUUACUCACCUCAGAAACAGAGCAGCUCAGUUAGAGUCAGAACUGGGUAUCACCAAAACACAGCUGGGGACUGAGUGCUUUGAUAGGCAAGCAUGUUUUUGUAUUGUGCUUCCUGCAGCUAAUUGGGGUGAAAUGCAGUGUAGUACUAAGGCUAAUUAG